AACUUCCAAGAUGUCCUUUGGGAGAGAUAUGGAGCUGGAGCAUUUUGAUGAGCGUGAUAAAGCGCAGCGAUAUGGCAGAGGGUCCCGGGUAAAUGGUUUGCCCAGCCCAACUCACAGUGCCCACUGCAGCUUUUACCGAACCCGUACUCUACAGACCCUGAGCUCUGAGAAAAAAGCCAAGAAAGUUCGUUUCUAUCGUAACGGAGACCGGUAUUUCAAAGGGAUUGUAUAUGCCAUCUCCCCUGACCGGUUUAGAUCCUUUGAAGCUCUCCUGGCUGAUCUGACCCGAACUCUGUCUGACAAUGUGAAUCUGCCCCAGGGAGUGAGAACAAUCUACACAAUUGAUGGCUCCAAGAAGAUUUCCUCCUUGGACCAACUAGUAGAAGGGGAAAGCUAUGUAUGUGGCUCCAUAGAACCCUUCAAGAAACUGGAGUACACGAAGAAUGUAAACCCAAACUGGUCAGUGAAUGUUAAGACAACUUCUACUUCUCGUUCAGUGCCAUCUCUUGCCACUGCUAAAGGAGGUACUCCAGAUGCAAAAGAGAAUAAGGAUUUCAUUAGGCCUAAACUAGUCACUAUCAUCAGGAGCGGAGUGAAACCAAGGAAAGCAGUCCGGAUUCUGCUCAACAAGAAGACAGCACAUUCGUUUGAACAGGUUCUUACUGAUAUAACCGAUGCCAUCAAGCUGGAUUCAGGGGUGGUUAAACGCUUAUACACACUAGAUGGAAAACAGGUGAUGUGCCUUCAGGAUUUCUUUGGUGAUGAUGACAUUUUUAUUGCAUGUGGACCGGAAAAGUUCCGUUACCAGGAUGAUUUCUUGCUGGAUGAAAGUGAAUGUCGGGUGGUGAAAUCCACUUCCUAUACCAAAAUAGCUUCGACUUCACGUAGGAGCACCACCAAGAGCCCGGGCCCAUCCCGACGCAGCAAGUCUCCUGCUUCUACUAGCUCAGUGAAUGGAACCCCUGGUAGCCAGCUUUCUACUCCCCGCUCUGGGAAGUCUCCAAGCCCAUCUCCCACCAGCCCAGGAAGCCUACGGAAACAGAGGAGCUCCCAACACAGUGGCUCCUCUACCUCAUUAGCAUCCACCAAAGUCUGCAGCUCUAUGGAUGAAAACGACGGACCUGCAGAAGAAGUGUUGGAGGAAGGUUUCCAGGUUCCAGCAUCAAUAGCAGAGCGAUAUAAAGUCGGAAGGACUAUAGGAGAUGGAAAUUUUGCUAUUGUGAAGGAGUGUAUAGAAAGAUCAACUGGUAGAGAAUAUGCUCUGAAAAUAAUCAAAAAAAGUAAAUGUAGAGGAAAAGAACACAUGAUCCAGAACGAGGUAUCUAUUUUAAGACGAGUGAAGCAUCCCAAUAUUGUACUUCUGAUUGAGGAGAUGGACAUGCCAACUGAGUUGUACCUUGUCAUGGAACUUGUAAAGGGAGGAGAUCUUUUUGAUGCUAUUACUUCCACCAACAAAUAUACAGAGCGGGAUGCCAGUGGGAUGCUUUACAAUCUGGCCAGUGCCAUCAAAUAUCUUCACAGCCUGAACAUUGUCCACAGGGAUAUCAAGCCGGAGAAUCUACUGGUUUAUGAACACCAAGAUGGAAGCAAGUCCCUGAAGCUAGGAGACUUUGGCCUAGCAACAAUUGUGGAUGGACCUCUAUAUACUGUUUGUGGGACCCCAACAUAUGUAGCUCCAGAAAUCAUUGCUGAAACUGGAUAUGGCUUGAAGGUGGACAUCUGGGCAGCGGGUGUGAUUACUUACAUCCUGCUCUGUGGUUUUCCUCCGUUCCGUGGAAGUGGAGAUGACCAAGAAGUGCUUUUUGAUCAGAUUUUGAUGGGACAGGUGGAUUUUCCAUCUCCAUAUUGGGACAACGUUUCUGACUCUGCAAAGGAACUUAUCACAAUGAUGCUUCAAGUAGAUGUAGAUCUGCGAUUCUCAGCCUUGCAAGUUCUUGAGCAUCCAUGGGUUAAUGACGAUGGCCUUCCAGAGAAUGAACAUCAGCUCUCAGUAGCUGGGAAGAUAAAGAAGCAUUUCAACACAGGCCCUAAACCGAACAGCACAGCAGCUGGAGUUUCUGUCAUAGCAACCACCGCUCUUGAUAAGGAGAGGCAGGUUUUCCGACGAAGACGCAACCAGGAUGUGAGGGGACGUUAUAAGGCACAGCAAGCUCCACCUGAACUCAACUCCGAAUCGGAAGACUAUUCUCCAAGUUCAUCCGAGACUGUUCGCUCACCUAACUCACCCUUUUAAUAAAACACUUUUACUCAAAAGUCUUGGCUUUAACCCUUUGAGAUCCUGAAAAUCCUUCAGAGCUGUGUGAAGUGAUUACAGCUGAUCUAUCCGGCAGUAAACGCUGGGAUGGUGGAACACAAAAGGGUGCUCACAGAAUCUUUGUAAGAAUAAUUUCCGAAUUGAUUGGAAUACUUGUUCUCUGUUUAGAUUGCAACUUGCUGCUAAUACGAUCCUCAAAGGGUUAAGGCUAUUUUGCUUUUUUAUUUAAAGAUAGAAGCAGUGAAUGUUUUCAUCAGUGAAGCUAGGAACUGCAGUAUGUAAUUUUAGCACAUGUUAACCCUCUGAGUAAAUGAUCAGCUUAAAUCUUGACAACCCACAUUAGGGCUUUAUUCUGGCUUUUUUGCUUUUAUACGCACAUAUCUUUUAUAGUACCCUAAAGUUCCUUGCCUGUUUGUGGCCAAAACAAUAUCAAAUGCACUAUUGCUUAGGGGUUACAAAUAUAGGCUUUAAAAAUGAAAAUAAAAUUAAACAAGCAGUAUCUUCUACAGCAGCUCGUUCUAAACCUGCAUCGUACUUCCAGAGGGAGUGACUCUUGUUGGAGGAUAUUAUGCAGGCUAAAUGGGAAAUUCAGUGUAGGGCAGCCUCAUAGUUUACAGAGGAUGACAUGAUGAUGGCCACAAAAGGUUGCUUCCAUAUCGUUUGCUGCUAAUGACAAUGCAGAGUCUUGGGAAAUGGCUUGAGGACAAGUUCUGUCAUGUAAUGGUAUGUAAUGAUCUAGUUGAGAAGUUGCUGGUUCCUUUGCCUCACAUUCAGAAAUGUACAGGCAUCCUCUCAGCGUGACCUGGUUAUUCCGGGAGAGUCACUUUUAAAGAUUAACAUCGAUGAGAAUUACCCUUAAAAUUUGCCCCAUAAACUGGGGCAAAUGCAAGUCAUUUAAUAUAUAUGUAAAGCCUAGACUGAAUUAGCGAAAGUUUUGUCUUAGAAUGGAGAAGCUAAAAAUGAUUCACCAGUUCUAUUUGUAAUAUUUAAUAAAAUGGGCAUUUACACAGAGUAUACAUAUUUCUGGUUUGUUAAAAGCUCAACACAGCAUUAUAGCAUUUUAUUUAACCUUUAUCCGAAAGUUGGCUUCCACAGAAAUAUUACACUUUGUAGGCUUUUGCUUCAGAUGUGAUAAUUUGAAAGAAAAAUGAUUAUAAAAUCACUCAGAAUUUCACUUGAAUGAAAAAGGCAACUUCCAAAACCCUAUUCUAAAAUAAAAAACAACAUUGUGAAAUUUAUACUUCCUCUUAUUACUCAUAUAAAAUGGAAGUUUCCUCCUCUAAAGUUAAAAUUUUCUUACAGUGUUUUUAAAAAGUCACGUAAGUGUGUUUUCCCCUCUCUCUCUCCCUCCUUGCCCUUUUUCUCUAUUUCUUUCUCCCUUUUUCUUUCAUAUCAUACAGCUAGAAAUAUCAAUAUGCUGCCCCAAAAGAUAUGCAGACUUUUUUAAUCUUGCUGGGAAGUAUAAAUAAAUUUUGGAGGGACAGGGCAAGCUGCCCACAGUUCCAUUCUGAGUUGUGUUUGCUGAUGGAACUGUCCCUACGAGCAGUUGUGGCAGCAAAUGUGUACCUGCAGCUUGUUGGAGCUAGCAUAAUGCUCUUUUGUAUUUCUAGUUGGAAGUAUUGUUUGAACUGUAUUUCAAAAACAUUGAAAUUCUUUUGUUCCUCCAUCCUUUAAAGUGCAUCUUUGAUUGCCUUAGUCAUGAAAAUUUAUGUAUUAAAAGCUCUGAAGAUUUUGAAUACAGGAAUUUCAUCUUGUGAAUCUUCACACAAGUGGUACAAGUAUUUCAUACAGAAUGCUUUUAAAUUCACCCAAUGUUAAUAAUCUAGAAAUGAGACAUUUAGUUGAAACUAGGUCUCCAGACUUCCUUGGUAAUACAGAGAGACGAGCAUUUCCAGGUUUGGUUCAUCUCACCUGUCAUGGGCACGCAUUUUAGGCAGGACUCAUGCUUUGGUUCACCUAUUGCUCUCACUCCAUUGACUGUAGAAGGAACUGCUGGUGGAAGCUUACGUCAGGCACCAAAAUGCAGAUUAUGAGUUUAGUAGAACGAAUCUCACCCGAAGUCGUCAGGAGACUGAUCUCUGACCGUACGUCCACGGGCAGGAGCCCUGCGCACGGCCUCAGUUCCUCCUGUCUGGAACCUGAGUAACCCAAGUGGACCAAAUAGGUGUCUUGUUGGAGAAGUCCACAGGGGCAAGAGGUGAAGGGAUAAAGGAACUGCCAUACAAAAGUUCUUGGAUUUUAGGUUUUGGCGAGGAGCUGUGUCUGUGGCAGAUCCCUGACCGUGCCCAUCCAACCCUAGAGGCACUGCAGAGAGAAGACCCUUGGUAGACAGGGCACAGCCACGGCCGUUACGAUGUUAAUGGUUGUAGUCUGAUAACAUUUGGAUAGGGCAGGGAUUAUUUUUCCAUAGGAUCAACCCCUCAGCCAAGCCACUUACCUACCUCAAUUUACAGUAGGUUGGGAUCUGGCACGUUUUUCCAGCAUUGCCCUUCUCACAUUAUAUCACAGCCUUCCCUUUAGAAGAGAUGCAACUCAGCCAUGUAAAUGCGAGAGAUACAUUUGGUAAUAAAAAAGUGUCCAUUAAUACCACAUGCUCCCUGACUGUUGGGGAAGAUUUGGCAGUCUUAAAGCAAAAAGGCCAAUGUUCAUUCUUCUUAAUUAGAGAGGGAAGUCAGGAGGAAAAAAUGAAUAUAAAAAUAUGCUUCACCUUAUGCAUGAGCAAUAUUAUUGAAAAACCCAUCUGGGAUUUUCCUAUCACCUUUGCUUUGCUUUGGAAUACAGGGUUAUCAUUAAAAUAAGAUGUUUGGCUCCUUCAUCUUACACCAUCUUGUACUACUUAAAAAGUAUGUAAAAAUAAUCCUAGAUCCUGAAAACCCUACUCAUCCCCAACGUCUUAUACGUUUCUGAUCUUUCAUUCAUGUUUUAUGAACAUAACUAUAAAAAUAUUUUUUUAAAGUUAUUUUUAGGUCUGUGAGAGAUUGGGUUUCAAAUUGCUGAUAGCCUCUUUUUAGGCUUCAAGGAAAGGUAUCUGAAUAUUUAAACUGUUUUAAAAGAGUUUGUAAUGAUGGUUUUAAAUAUAUCCAUAUAUCCAUAUAUAUUUUUAAAUAUGACCAUAUAUACGUAUAUAUGUGGAUGGUUUCGUGGAAAUAAUAAUGGUUCAGGCUUGUUUGGCAGCUACUGCCCUUUGUCUUGUCUAACCUCUGAAUUCCAGGGGGUAAGUGAAGACAGGAUAUGUGGCCCUAAAAAUACUUGAAACACCAGUGAAAAAAAAAGAAAUCGGAGAUAACAGACUACUUCUAAUGUGAUAAUCUGGGAGAGCACGUGGCACACUGUGGUCAUUUUAGUGUAAUAUAUACCACUCCUUCUGACAUCUUUCGUCAUUUCCCUUUUGAAGCAUUGCAUCGAAUUGGUGCUAAAUGUGACAACGAUUUUUUUUUUAAUGCUUAUUACGUGUACGAGGCCAACUUCCUCCCACCAAGCCUGUGUAGUGAGCUGAGGCGGGUGGCAGUCGUGGUAGGCACCGUCCGUCACCAGGGAGAUGGGGAGGAACGCUUCCAAUGGGUGACUCGGGUCGUCUAAUAUUUGGUGUCUGGAGAUGCCUGACAGUGUGAUCUUAGUGUUAACAGGAGCGCAGAACAGGGCCACUGCCAGCUUAAUUCCUCUCAAUUAAAUGUAAGUGGAGAUAACGUGGACUCCAACCUAAGUGCAAUAUUCUAGUGAGCUUACAUGCAGUAAGCAAACUUUGAUGUGAAAACGUAGUACUGAUAGGUGAUAGCAGAGGAUUAGUUAAAGGGUGCUGAGCUGGGCGCUGUCUCAUCUGGAUGUAUCCAUCUAAGAGUUAAGCAUCUAAUCUAGGGCAAUCAUCUAAACUUCCCUUAUAGUUGCUAGAGACUGGCUUCUCUAGUGGAUAAUUCUAGGAUGGAUGAAUUGCUCACGAGAUGCGGUGCCUAGCCCAAAUAUAUUUAGAACAUGCUUUAUUAAGUCAUGACAUAUAAAUUAAUAUUUCUGUAAGUUACAAUUUUCAUAGCAUUAGUGUACAAAAAAAUCCAGAAUACUGUGGUUCUACUCAGAGGGUUAACAGAAAAGCACUAGGCAUGCUGAUUACAUUGGUGUAUCCAAACUGCUUUGCUUUUUUAGCCAGUGUUUGCUGAUUUUUUUCAGAAAAUUCUUGAAAAAUUUCAAGUUUGAAAUAAUUUAAGUGUUGUUGUUUAAGGAAUUUCUAUAACCAAAUUAAUCUUAUUUUUAGCUUAACUUAUCACAGGAAUAAUAUGUAUCAUUGAUGCAGUGUAAGUCUGUAGUUAUCAAUUUUAUUAAUUCCACAAGUGAUUCCAGAAAUCUCUUUUUUUAAGUACUUACUAUAGAGCUUACAAUGGUGGCAUAGGUGACUGAGACUGUCUUUCUUAUUGGUAAACAAACAAUAUUGUAAUUUCAAGAAAGUCCUAAGAAUCAGCUUUUCAGUUUGGUAGUGUACUAGUUAGGGGAAAGCUAUCUCAUGACAUGCAUUGUGUAAAUCAUCUUUGUAGAUGAAGAUUGUUCAUAUUAAUGAACACAUUCUUUUUCCUUGACAUUGUAGCAGAAACUGUUUACUUGUUAAUGAACAACCAAUACAUUAAUUUGCUUCAGACUGUUAGAGGGGAAAGUGAGAUUCCAGUCAUUGACAAUGUUAUUGCUUUACAGUAGCCCUCAUCUAAUUUAAAUGUGGUGCAUACUACAAUAAGCAAAGCCAAACCUGUGAAUAAACUCCUGAAAAAGC